GAGAUAACUUCUAGUGAGAGUUUCCUGAUCCCCCUACAGCUGCUUCUCAGCCGCUUCCCAAAGCUUAUUUCCUCAUCUGGACACAGUGGGAGCGAGAACAGUGAAAGUUUAACUGAAAGUUAAACGGUCAUUUUGCUCGUUAAUCAACGACUCUGACUGCUAAUGGAAACAGAUCAUCUGCAGCAGAAACAAGACAGGCGAGGAGGUUUUCUUACCCCACAUGAGAACAAUGCAGAACCAGCCUUCCAUGUUGCAGAUCAGAAGCCUUCUGACUGUUUAUGGCGUCUUUUACAAUCACUGCUGUCUGAAGGUUUAAGGUGAGUGUUAGAGGAGGAAGUGUUGGUGAUAAAUACCCAGCUGAGCAGCCAAUGAGAUCAUAAAACAGACCUCUCCUGGUUCAAGGUCAUGGAAAACCCCUUUAAAGCCACUAAAGGCAACAUCAUUAUUUGGAUUUGAGAGAUUUUUCUUUUUAUACCAGUUUAUCUUAACAUUUUUACUACCAAAGGUGUUGCUUGCUGUUAGAAACCCACCCUGUUAUGACCACAUUUCUCUUCUCUCCAACCACUUCUUAAUGAGUCACCAAUUAAGAAUCUGAGGUGCUGCAAAAGUUUCAACGGUGAUUUAUGAGGACAAAAUAAAUCAUCCAUAUCUGGGACCUGACCCAUACCUCUGCAACCUCUUUACCGAUUUAAGGGAUGUAGAUCGAUGUGCAACAUUACAGCUCUGAGCAACAAUAUGAUCUACAUACACCAAACACCUGGACAGUGUUGAGGUCAGGAUGACGGAUGAACCAGAACCUUCUAAUCAUCAUCCCAUUCAGAAACAGACAGGAUUUUCUGUCUUGAUGGUCAUCAUUACGAUGAGAGCUGAGCUGAGACCAUGGAGUCCUGGACUGGGUGGACUGGGAUCAGUCUAGGACCAGGGAUAAGGGAGAAGAGUCAAAGCUCAGAGUCAGAGAACCUUCCUCCUGUCUCCAGAAACCUAAAGCAGCUCUACUCUCAGUUUUUUCUUUAAAAAUGUCUUCAUGUGUUCACUGACUGCAUGAAGCAUUGCUCUCCAGGGAAAUCAGGAACGUGUUUCCAGGUCUGCUUCCAAGAUUCCCCGGGCUGCCUAAGGACAACGUUGCAAAGGUUUUCUUUGCUUACAGAUAGAUGGAAUAAAACUGGCGCAGGAAGUUGUCCAAAAGGUCUCAGAAAACGAUUAGCUUCAUGUGUUGCUAAGGGUGAAUAGCGUAGACAGAUAGGUAGCUUUGAGUCAGAGGCUUUGGUCCUCUGCUAGGAAGCAGUAGACUGCUUGGUUUCUGAUGGUUCCCAGGGUGCUUCUAGGGUCUGGUAGAUUUUGGAAACAUUUCCAUUGACGUGGACAUUGUGAUGAAAUGAUUAAUUAGCAACGUGUAGCUCCAUAGAGGGGGCAUAACAUCCGAUGCCUAAAAUGAGUGUUUCGGUCACAGAUGUCUGCAGGCUUUGUCAUUUUUCCUGUGAGGCAAUCUGGAUCAUUGUUCUCACUUGUUCACUCUGCCUCUCUGGCAAAAUCCAGGAAACUUCUGCUUUUCUGUUCUGUGGCUUCUCAGACAGUUGAUACCAGAUUAUAGAAAGCCUUGUUGUGGAUUCACAUGAUGCAAACUGUUGUCCUGUUGGAGAGACGAUAUCCAACAUCUUUUAUUGUUGCUAUCCUGUGAUUCCUUGGUUUCUAUUUCCAUUAGUUCUUCAUAGUUAUUCUAGUUUACUUACUCUUUGUCUUUAUUUGUUAUUUGUUUCUGUUGUUUUCCCUGUUUCCCCGCACUCUCCUGCAAUUCUCUCUCUCUCUCUUGUUCUGUUCAAAUCCAGCGGCUGCAUCCUCUGAAGUCCAGAUUCAUCGGCUGAUUACAUCAUAGUACAGCGCUGAGGCCUAUCCAGAUUGGAAGAGUGCUCGUUAUGCCGCCGACCAAUGCAGCCUUCUUUUCCCCCGUUUUGAAGGACAGGUCCGCUGUAUCCUCCGUAGCCUCAGGUAUCCCAUGAUUCAUUGUGAGUCAAAGGGAGCCGGCUGCUCCAUGAUCAGAGGAAAAAUGGAAAUGGUGCCAUACAGUGGUGAAUAUUAGAAUUACAGUUUAAUAGAAUCCUAGUGUGUAAAUAGUUCCAUCUGAAAGGAAUGAAAAUAGUUGUUUUAAUGGUUAUAAAGUCAGAUAUGUGGCGGUUUGAUUUAUCUAAAGGUUUUAUCUGUUAAUGUGUAAAUAGGUUUAGCUGACAUUUAAGCUCAGAUUCUUAUGGCCUCUUUAACGGAUCGUAAGCUCAGACCUUUGGAUUUGUUUGCUUUUAUUUGUCUCACCAUGAAACACCUUCACCUGAAGAAAGGACUUUUUCUCCUGCUUGGAGAUAAACCCUCCUUAUUCUGUGACAUCAUCACGUCAGUCUUCAUUGGGACCAGGAUCAAGCUCCAGGAACAGCAAACAGCACAUCUACAAUCCCAGCUCCUGAAGGUGAUCGAUGCCAUCUCUGCAGCCAUCUCUCAAACCCCCGGCUGCAGCCUGCUGGACGUUGACCCAGGGGCCUCCACCAACAGGACUGUCUACACCUUCGUGGGUUCCCCAGAGGCGGUGGUGGAGGGGGCGCUGAAUGCCGCCCAGCGAGCCUUUAGCCUCAUUGACAUGAGCAAACACUCAGGAGAGCAUCCACGGACCGGGGCGCUGGACGUCUGUCCUUUCAUCCCAGUCCAGAACGUCACUAUGGACGACUGCGUCCACUGUGCCAACGACUUCGGACGCAGACUGGCAGAGAUGCUGCACGUUCCUGUGUAUCUUUAUGGAGAAGCAGCGCGAUCAGAAUCCAGGAGGAGUCUGCCAUCGGUCCGGUCUGGAGAGUAUGAAGCUUUACCUGAGAAGCUGAAGCGUGAGGACUGGGCCCCAGACUUUGGCCCCGCCCUCUUUGUGCCAUCAUGGGGCGCCACGGUAACCGGGGCUCGCAAGUUCCUGAUUGCGUACAACGUGAAUCUGAUCAGCACCAAAGAACAGGCUCAUCGUAUUGCCUUGGACAUCCGGGAGCAGGGCCGAGGGAAGGACCAGCCAGGACUCCUGAAGCAGGUGCAGGGGAUGGGCUGGUACCUGGAGGAAGCCAACCUGGCUCAGGUGUCCACUAACAUCCUGGACUUUGAGAUGACGCCGCUCCACGCUGUGUAUGAGGAGAUCUGCAGGGAUGCUGAGGAGCUGAAGCUGCCGGUGGUCGGCUCUCAGAUCGUCGGUUUGAUUCCCCUAAAAGCUCUGCUGGACUCUGCUGACUUCUACAUCAAAAGAGAUCAGCUCUUCAUCAUUGAGGAGGAGCACAAAGUCCGCCUGGUAAUCAGCAAACUGGGUCUAGAUUCCCUCGGCCCGUUCAGCCCAAAGGAGAGAAUCAUAGAGUACAUGGUGAGGUCAGAGGAACAAGGCGGCCUUAUAUCUCUGUCUCUGCAGCAGUUUGUUCACAGCGUCGGCGCUCGAACUGCUGCUCCGGGAGGAGGAUCGGUUUCUGCUGCCAUCGCAUCCAUGGGGGCAGCAUUAGGCGCCAUGGUGGGACAGAUGACAUACGGAAAGAGACAGUUUGAGAAUCUGGACAACGUGAUGAGGAAGCUGAUUCCUCCAUUUCAUCAGGCAAUGAAUGAGCUGCUGCACAUGGUGGAUGCAGACUCCUCUGCCUUCAACAGCUACAUGGUGGCUCUGAAAAUGCCAAAGAAAACUGAAGAGGAGAUGAAAAGACGAGAAGCUGCAGUGCAGGAAGGUCUGAAGCAGGCUGUGGGCGUCCCUCUGGCUCUGGCCCAGAAGAUCAACGUCCUCUGGCCGCCUCUGAAACAGAUGGUUCUCUACGGAAACAUUGGCUGCAAGUCCGAUGCUCAGGUUGCAGCCAAAGCCCUGGAAGCAGCCGUUUAUGGAGCGUACUUUAAUGUGUUGAUCAACCUCAAAGACAUCUCAGACGAGGCCUUCAAACUGGCAACAAAGAGAAGAGUGUCUGAGCUGCUGCAGGAAGCCAAAGACAGUGUGGGCGCCAUCCUGGACGCUGCUGAGAAAAGAACAUGAGACCUACUGAAGAAUAAAAUCAUAAUUCAUCAAAACCGUGUCGAUCUUUC